AUGAGAGCUCUGGUGUUUGUGCUGCUCGUAGGAGCUGUGUUUGCCACAGACGAUGACAAGAUCGUCGGAGGGUAUGAGUGCAAGCCGUACUCCCAGCCCCAUCAGGUGUCUCUGAACUCCGGCUACCACUUCUGUGGAGGCUCCCUGGUCAACGAGAACUGGGUGGUGUCAACCGCUCACUGCUUCAAACCCAAAAUGGACAUCGUCCUCGGUGAUCACAACCGCUGGUUCAUGGAUGGCAAUGAACAGAUCAUCCCCGCUACCCAUGUGAUUCCUCACCCCGACUACAACUCAUGGCUUAUUGACAAUGACAUCAUGCUGAUCAAGCUUAGCAAGCCCCCCACCAUCAACCAGUACGUGCGGCCUGUGGCUCUGCCCACUAGUUGUGCCCCUGCUGGCACCAUGUGCACAGUCUCUGGCUGGGGUGUCACCAUGACUGUUGACAGUAACAGGCUGCAGUGCCUGGACAUCCCCAUCCUGUCCGAUGAGGACUGUGACAACUCCUACCCCGGGAUGCUCACUGAGGCCAUGUUCUGUGCUGGAUCCCUGGAGGGAGGCAAGGACUCCUGCCAGGGUGACUCUGGCGGUCCUUUUGUGUGUAAUGGGGAGCUGCAGGGGGUUGUGUCCUGGGGCUUUGGAUGUGCAGAGAAGAACCACCCCGGUGUAUAUGCCAAGACCUGCGUUCUCACAGAGUGGCUGCAGAGGACCAUGGCUGCCUCCUGA